AUGGAUUAUCCAUUUGAACACGAGAGCUGUUUUCGCCAAGUCUUCCGAACGUUUGUCUGUGUAGUACUUUCGCUGCUUCUCGGACUCCAAGUGUAUAGUUACUUCCUGGAUCCUCAGGAAGCGUUGGAGGGUGACUUUACGGAUAUCAAAUAUAUGGUCAUGCAACUUACCCGAGGCUUGUCAGAGGUUAAUCGCAAGCACGAGUCGUUACAAGGUGAAAUGGAGCGCAUUUCAGAGGCUCUGCCGGCAGUGGCAGCGGCGGCUGGGCGUGCCAAGGAUGCGUUGGAACCUUCCCGUCGUAGCGUGCGACACCCUCUCGAUGUUUACGAUUACGACCGCCAGAUGGCUGACUACGCGCUAGAAACGGCAGGCGCUCGUGUAGUAGACACGGGAGAAACGCUGGAGCAUAUUGUAUACGAGUCUCCAGUAAGCUGGGUGUUGCACAUGAUCAGCUCAAUCCUUUGUCGAGAGUGUCCCGGAGCCAGCACCAUCAUCCGCCCCGGGAACUUGCCAGGGGAAUGCUGGGCUUUCAGAGGCUCUAGAGGCGAGGCAACGAUCAGGUUACUCGGAACUGUCCAUGUCCAUGGGCUAAGCCUGGAACAUAUUCCGGCCCAUAUUUCAGCUACUGGGGAAAUAUCGUCAGCACCUAGAUUGUUCCAACUAGAAGGACUCGAGUUCCGUGGAGAUCCCUACCCGCACGACUUUGGGACAUUCGAAUAUGACAAGAAUGGAAAACCGAUCCAGUAUUAUGAAGUUUUGCAAUCAUCGUCGAAAGGGUUUAAUCUGGUCCGCUUGAAAGUAUAUUCAAACUGGGGUCACACUGUAUACACAUGUGUCUAUCGAGUGAGGGUUCAUGGAGAGUUGAUAUCAGACCAGGCGCGGUCUACGGCACAGGUAAACGACGAUGAUUUGAGAAUUGAAAAUGAAUAG